AGAGUCAUUAUACAUUAACACAAUGGACAAACUAGCAAUUAGUAAACAUGAAAAAUAUUUCAAUAGAUGUUUGAUGGGGUUACCUGGAUCUGCCGCAUCUGAAGAUUCUAAUAAAUUAUCAAUCAUAUAUUUUUGUUUGCAUGGAUUACAAUUGCUUGAUAAAUUUCAGUUUUCUGACGGUGAAUUGGAAUACUAUAGUAAAUUCAUAUAUGAUGAAUUUUUGAUUGAAAAUGAUGAUUUUAUUGGCUUUAGAGCUACCAAUUAUUUCAAACAGGCCGGAUCUUAUGAUUUGCCUAAUUUACUGGCGACGUUGUUUGCGUUGUAUAAUUUGCUUAUCUUGAAGUCAAACUACUCAAAAAGGUUAGACCAAGAUAAAAUCAUGAAAUUUUUACAAUUGUGUCAAAUUAAAACAGGAGAAUUCAAAGGUGGAUUUGCACCUACAAUUACCAAGAAUGAAAAGGGAGAGUAUGAACAGUACGGAGAUAGUGAUCUUCGUCUUUGUUAUAUAGCGCUAGCAAUUCGUCAUUUGGUCAAGUAUGACGAAUUUGAGGAUCGGAAGCAUGACAUCGAUUCCAAAGCAGCAUUGGACUUUAUCUUAGAAAGGUGUAAUUCCAACGGAGGAUUCAGUUCCCAAGUAUUGAAUGAAGCACAUUUAGGAUUUACAUUUUGUGCGGUGGCCUCAUUGAAAUUGUUGGAGUAUCCGUUGGAAAAACUUGAACUGACUAAACAUUGGUUAGUACAAAGACAAGUUGAUUAUCCUGCUGUAUUAUACCAGGAUACCGAGUAUGAGUAUUACAAACCAAUAGAUAUCGGUGGAUUUAAUGGAAGAGAAAACAAAUUGAGCGAUACCUGUUAUUGUUGGUGGUGUACUGGAGCAUUGUACAUCAUGAACAGUGACAACAUCGAGUUUGUUAAUUUAAGCCGCGCAGAAGAAUAUUUAUUGUAUAGAGUUCAAAAUGAGUUAUUUGGGGGAUUUGGGAAGGAUAUUGAAUCAAAUCCCGACCCAUUCCAUAGUUAUCUUGCCAUCGCCAGUUUAUCCUUGUGGAACAAGGAGAAAUUUGGCUUGAAGGAAGUACAUCCUGUUUUGGUAAUUAGUCAAGAACUGUAUAAUUAUUUUAAAAGGGAAGUGGAGUACUAAGUAGGAGCAAAUAAUAAAAGUUGAAAUUCUUUUU